CGUAUUGAGAUGCACCAGGAAUUCACUGGUUUUUUUCAGCUAACUUUAUGGCUAUUGCCAUCUAGAUUGCGGUUUUUGAGAAGAAUUCUCGUCCUUUGACAUUCGGGUUGUCGCAUUGACAAAUACUGUGGUAUUUCCAUAGUUCCUAUAAUAUAUAAAGACGAAUUAGACACACUUUCAAGCAUUUGACUCGUUAUUAUGAUCAUAGAAUCAUAAUAACACUUGUACACGGCAUCUUGUAUUUCUGAAGAUGCGCAUAUGUAAUGCUGCAUUAUUACUGGUUGAGAAAUUCAGUCCAGCAUCAACUGAAGGCGCCAUUGGUGACUCGGACACAACCAACAACCGUGUUAUUGAUGUCUCAGAAACAACCAGCAGCGAUGCCACUGACUCAAGAACAAACGAUAAUGCUACUGUUAAUCAAGACAAAACUAACGCUGCUGAUACCCACGAUAAUGACAAUACGAUCUCUCCGUUUGACUUGAACCCCUACAUUGACAGUUCAGGCGAUGUUGGUGAUGGCCCUGGGCUCUUCCGUAGCAAAAACAUCACGCGUUUGUUCGAAGAUUAUCAGUCAAUUGUCCAAUCUCUGCAUCAACACAGUCCCAUUGCUAAGAAAGUCUUCUCAGAUGAAUUAUUGGAUGACUUAGCAGAAUCCAUGGUAUCAGAAUCGAUGAAUUACAAUCUCAACUUGAGUGAACAACAGUACAUGGCAAUGGCAAAAUUUAUCAGUCAGCUUAGUCUCUCAAAAGCCACAAGGGAAAAUGCUUUUAUUGAACUUUCUCUCAUGUCUGCUAGUAUGAAUUAUAAUGAAAGACGUCUGGUCCGUGGACUCACAAAUUUGAUUCAAAAGCUACCAAAACUACCUUUGAAAGACAACAGCACCAUUAGUGAAAGCGAACUAUGGAAUACCUAUUUUGACCCCCUACUCUCUUGUUUGAUCUGCGAUCCGGAAAAGCUUGUGCAUUUACGUUGGACAAAUGCAACCCCAAGUGAAGGUGGAAAAUUACGACCAGAUGCAGUUAUCUCCAAAAGACAACAACUAGAAUAUGAAGGCAGUGUCGGAUACGGAGAAGCCAAAGUGAUUCAAGGCAGCUCAAGCAGAUACUCUCUAUGCAUGGACACCCUUCGAUUGGCAAUUUUCAGCAAAAAUGCUAUUGAUGUGAACAAAUUGGAAGGCGCGCUUGCAUUUCAAAUUUAUGUAAUGGUAUUUAUGCCUUUACGAAUAGCCAACCUCCAUUUCCCUGAAUCAUUGGAAGACCUUCCUUCCUUUAUUAGCUUAAAGAACAUUACACUGCUUCUAGCUGUAAACGAUGUCUUUUGGCGCCUGUGCAAAAAAUCUGACAAAGCUGUGACCAUUACUAAUAGGUACAAGGAAACGGUGGACUUGGAAGGAUUGAUUGGCGCAAGUCAAGAUUAUACAAGAACCUGCGCUAUGCGAUAUGGACAAUGACGACCCAUCUUAAAAGCAGACAAAUCCACAGCUACAAUGAAUUGAUCCUUUCUUACUUAUUCUCAUCUCUCUUAUACCAGCCUAUGUUUACUCCUUGUCUAUUGGACCUCUUUACUUGUGUCCAUUCUACAUAUUACAGUUUUUAUUCAAUAAACGCUUUUUCGAAACCGGAUU